AUGUCUAUCGAAGCUAUCAGCAGCCCACGUCCCUCUCCCAGUCUACUCUUCCCAGCACGAAUACUUUCCACUCCUCCUCAACGCGCCAACUCACAUGCCCCUCCACACAGCAAGCAGGAAUUCCUCGACAAGAUCCUCAAUUCCGAUGGCCUAAUCGUACUCGAUGCCUGGGCCCCAUGGUGUGGACCCUGCCGCUUGAUCGCCCCCAAGAUCGAGGAAUUCAGCCAGGAGUACCCCAACGUGCAAUUCUACAAGGUUGACGUCGAAGCUGUUCCCGACGUCGCACAGGAGAUUGGGGCUCGCGCCAUGCCCACCUUUUACUUUUUCAAAAAGGGAGAGAAAAUCAACGAAGUCAUUGGUGCCAAUCCUGGUGCGGUCCGGAGUGGCAUUGAGUCUCUGAUGGCCGCGUAG